AUGACCCAAUUACAGAGUCUUCUAGCUUCUGUUUCGGUUCUAUCUUUACUUUCCGUUGCCGAUGCUUGGUCCCCAACAAACAGUUACGCCCCUGCCAAGGUUGAAUGUAAUGGUAAGACAGGUCUUACUAGAGAAGGUGGUAAAAUCUCAGACGCUGAAACAUCUUGGUUAGCCAAGAGAGAUCCAGUCACCAGUGCUGCCCUAAAAAGUUUCCUUGACCGUGUUACCUCCAAUUUUGCUGAUAACUCCAUUGUUGAACAAAUCUUCAGUCAAGGUGCUCCAAAGGCCGGUUACGCUGCUUGUGGUGGUGGUUACCGUGGUAUGUUACUUGACGCAGGUACAGCUGCUGCCAUGGAUGAAAGAACUCCAGGUGCUAACGAAUAUGGUCUAGGUGGUCUAUUACAAGGUAUUACUUAUAUUACUGGUGUUUCAGGUGGUGCCUUCUACACUUCUACCGUUGCUUAUAACAACUGGACAUCUGUUCAAGAUAUCAUUUCUCAAAUGAACGAUGGUGACCACUCAAUCUGGGAUUUAUCUAACUCCCCAUUAAACCCAGGUGGUUCAGAUACAGAUUAUACUAACCAAGUUUUCGCUGAUGUUCAAACUGCUGUCCAAGCCAAACAUGAUGCUGGUUUCAAAGUUUCUCUUGGUGAUGCUUACGGUCUGAUUUGUGGUUACUACAUGUACCCUUCUUUACCUCAAGGUGGUGCUACUUACCAAUGGUCUGAUAUUCAAGAAGUGGAUGCUUUCAAGAAUGGUGAAAUGCCAAUGCUUAUGGAAGUUACUGCCAUUGUUCCACCAGGUGAAAAAACUGCUGGUUUAGAUGCUACUACUAUUGAAUUGAAUCCAUUCGAAUUUGGUUCAUGGGAGCCAAGUAUUAAUGCGUUUUCAGACAUGAAGUACCUAGGUACUGAAUUAUCUAACGGUAACCCUGUUAACGACGACGAAUGUGUUUUGGGUUUCGAUAACGUUAACUUCAUUACUGGUGCUUCCACCGAUGUUAUCAACUACAUCGCUACCCAAGGUAACGCAGUUUACACUUCUAUGAUAUCUCAAUUCCAAACCAAAUUCUUGGGUAACAUCACUACAGAAAGUGUUGAUACUAAUAUCGUCUCUCCAAAUCCAUUCAAGGGUACUUCAUACUACAGUGCUAGUCAAGGUGACUCUCUAGUUGAAACUGAGAAUCUACGUUUAGUUGAUGGUGGUUACGGUGGUCAAGUUAUUCCACUAACCCCAUUGAUGAGACAAGAACGUAACUUAGAUGUUGUUAUUGCUACUGACAACUCUUAUGAUACUCCAGAAAUCUGGCCAAAUGGUCAUUCUAUUAUCUCUACUUAUACUCGUCAAUUCCAUGACAUUGGUAAGACUGAUGCUUUCCCAUAUGUUCCAGAUACUGAAACCUUCGCUGCUCUUGGUCUAACUGAAACUCCAACUUUCUUUGGUUGUGAUUCUUCUAACUUAACUGAUUUGGCCUACAUCCCACCUUUAGUCGUCUACUUACCAAACAGAAUGUAUUCUUACUCUUCUAACAUCAGUACUUACACAUUCACUUACACUAAGGAAGAACGUCUAGCCAUGAUUCAAAACGGUUUUGAAAUUGCUACCAGAAACAAUAUGACUGAUGAUUCCGAAUUUGCAAGUUGUAUUGGUUGUGCUGUCAUGAGACGUAAGCAAGAACAACUAGGUCUUGAAUGGCCAUCUGAGUGUGAACAAUGUUUCGAAAGAUACUGUUGGAACGGUACACUAGCUAGUGAUCUAACUAGUAUCUCUAGCUCUACCAACGGCUCCUCCACCACUACCACUACCCAAGAUGACGCUUCUUACACUACCGAAUUGACUACUCUAACUUCUGGUGAAAACUUCAGUACUAUUCACUUCGAAACCUCUACAACUAUUACCUGUCACGAAUGUGAAGAAGCUCAAGCUACUGCCACUGCUGAAGUAUGCGGAGAAUGUGAAGAAGGUCAAGUUACUACUACCAUCGAAUGUGAAGAAUGCGAAGAAGCUGAAACCCAAGCUACUGUUACCGCUGAAUGUGAAGAAUGCGAAGAAGCCCAAGCUAACAGUCAUCACUACACAACAACUACAUCUAUGACAACCACUACUGAAGCUUGUGAAGAAUGUGAAGAAGCCAAGGCUACUGCUACCUCUACCUCAAACUCUAACAACAACUCCAACGGUUCUUCUAACGGUUCUUCUAACGGUUCGUCUAACGGUUCUUCUAGUGGUUCUUCCAAUGUCUCUUCCAACGGUUCUUCCAACGGUUCCUCUAACAAGGCUUCCUCUUCUGUACCAACAAUUUUACAAGUUACAACUGCACUACCAACCUCAUCUGCAUUCAGCAUUGUCCUGAACGAAAAUGCAGGUAACAAUGUUGGCGUCACUACUGGUUUAACUUUAUUGGCCAUCGUUGGUGCCUUCUUUGGUUUUAUGUAG